CCGGAAGAGCGCCACAGACUCCACAUCCGCCACAUCCGCCACAUCCGCCACCUCCAACUCCGCCUCCACCUCCCGCAGCAUCAGCAACAACAACAGUAACUCCAGCAGCACAUCCGCACCUGCAUCCGCAUCAGUGAGCUGGCCAAUGGGCCGGCUGAGCCAUCAGUUGCGCCACCUGCUCAUCGUGGGACUGCUGCUGUGCCUCACCGGCGGCCUGGUGCAGGGGCGACGUCAUGCCCCGCUCAUGUUCGAGGAGUCCGACACAGGCAGGCGAUCCAAUCGACCAGCGGUCACCGAAUGCCAGUUUGGCAAAGUUCUCCGUGAGUUGGGCUCGACCUGGUAUGCGGAUUUGGGACCACCCUUCGGGGUGAUGUACUGCAUCAAAUGCGAAUGUGUGGCGAUACCCAAGAAGCGCCGCAUCGUUGCACGCGUCCAGUGUCGCAACAUUAAGAACGAAUGCCCGCCGGCCAAGUGCGACGAUCCCAUCUCGCUUCCCGGCAAAUGCUGCAAGACCUGUCCCGGUGAUCGCAAUGAUACGGAUGUGGCCUUGGAUGUGCCAGUGCCCAACGAGGAGGAGGAGCGCAACAUGAAACAUUACGCUGCGCUGCUGACGGGCCGUACAUCUUAUUUCCUCAAGGGUGAGGAAAUGAAGUCCAUGUAUACCACCUACAAUCCGCACAACAUUGUGGCCACCGCCCGUUUCCUGUUCCACAAGAAGAACCUCUACUACUCCUUCUACACAUCGUCGCGCAUCGGACGCCCGCGGGCCAUUCAGUUCGUCGACGAUGCCGGCGUCAUACUCGAGGAGCAUCAGCUGGAGACGACCCUCACGGGCACCCUCAGUGUCUACCAGAAUGCCACGGGGAAGAUCUGCGGCGUGUGGCGCCGCGUGCCCAGGGACUACAAGCGCAUACUGCGCGACGACCGCCUGCACGUGGUCCUGCUGUGGGGCAACAAGCACCAGUCGGAGCUGGCCCUGGCCGGGAAGAUAGCCAAGUACACGGCCCUGCAGACGGAGCUGUUCAGCUCGCUGCUGGAGCCGCCCCAGAGCCUGCCCGGCGGCAAGGUCGACCCCAUGCUGGCCGGAGCUGGCGGCACGGCCAUUGUGUCGACCAGCAGCGGAGCGGCCUCCUCCAUGCACCUGACGCUGGUCUUCAACGGCGUCUUCGGGUCGGAGGAGUUCGCGGACGCCGCUCUCAGCGUGAAGAUCGAGCUGCCGGAGCGCAAGGAGCUGAUAUUCGAUGAGGUGCCGCGCGUGCGUAAGCCCUCGGCCGAGAUCAAUGUGCUGGAGCUCUCCUCGCCCAUCUCCAUCCAGAAUCUGCGCCUGAUGUCCCGCGGCAAACUGCUGCUCACAAUCGAGUCCAAGAAGUACCCACAGCUGCGCAUCCAGGGCCACAUUGUGACGCGGGCCAGCUGCGAGAUCUUCCAGACACUGCUGGCGCCACACAACGCCGAGUCCGCGACCCGUAGCAGCGGCCUGGCCUGGGUCUACCUCAACACGGACGGAUCGCUGGCCUACAACAUCGAGACGGACCACGUGAACACCCGCGACCGCCCCAACAUCAGCCUCGUGGAGGAGCAGGGCAAGCGCAAGGCCAAGCUGGAGGAUCUCACGCCCAGCUUCAACUUCAACCAAGCCAUCGGCAGCGUGGAGAAGCUCGGGCCCAAGGUGCUCGAGUCCCUCUACGUCGGGGAGCUGGGGGUCAACGUGGGCACCGAGCAUGAGGCCAGCCUUAUCCGGGGCCGCCUGGUGCCGCGCCCUGUGGCCGAUGCCCGCGACUCCGCCGAGCCCAUUCUGCUGAAGCGACAGGAGCACUCGGGUGUGGCAGCCGGCAACAAUCAGUCUGGCCAUGCCAUGGGCAUGGCCUGGAUGUCCAUCGACAACGAGUGCAAUCUCCACUACGAGCUGACGCUGAGCGGAGUGCCGCCGCAGGACCUGCAGCUGUACCUGGAGGAGAAGCCGAUCGAGGCCAUCGGCGCACCGGUGACCCGGAAGCUGCUCGAGGAGUUCAACGGCUCCUACCUCGAGGGCUUCUUCCUGAGCAUGCCCUCCGCGGAGCUGAUCAAGCUGGAGAUGAGUGUCUGCUACCUGGAGCUGCACUCCAAGCACUCCAAGCAGCUCCUGCUGCGCGGCAAGCUGAAGAGCACCAAGGUGCCCGCCCACUGCUUCCCCGUCUACACCGACAACAAUGUGCCCGUGCCCGGCGACCACAACGACAACCACCUGAUCAACGCGGAGACCAAGUGCUUCCACUCUGGCCGCUUCUACAACGAGUCCGAGCAGUGGCGUAGCGCCCAGGACGCCUGCCAGAUGUGCGCCUGCCUGCGGGGACAGUCCAACUGCGAGGUGAUCAAGUGCCCGGCCCUCAAGUGCCGCCUCUCCGAGCAGCUGCUGCAGCGCGAGGGCGAAUGCUGUCCAAGCUGCGUGCCCAAGCGGGAGACGACCGCCGCCUCGGACUGGACACAGGCCCAGGGGUCAUCCCCAUCCGCCCCAUCCUCGCCUGCAGUCAAUGGCAGCGAUGUGCUGCUGCAGCAGCAACAGCGUCGCGGCUGCCGGCUGGGUGACCAGUUCCAUGCUGCCGGCGCCAGCUGGCAUCCCUUCCUGCCGCCCAAUGGCUUCGACACUUGCACCACCUGCAGCUGCGACCCCCUGACUCUGGAGAUCCGCUGCCCGCGGCUCGUCUGCCCACCGCUGCAGUGCAGCGAGAAGCUGGCCUACCGCCCGGACAAGAAGGCCUGCUGCAAGGUCUGUCCCGAGGGCAAGCAGAGCAGCCCGGCCGGUGGCAAGGUCGCCCCAAACAAUCCCAAUGUGCUGCAGGAUCAGGCCAUGCAGCGUUCCCCGCAGCACAGUGCAGAGGAUGUCCUGGCUGCCGGUGGCUGCAAGGUGGUCAACAAGGUCUACGAGAACGGCCAGGAGUGGCAUCCCAUACUGAUGUCGCAUGGCGAGCAGAAGUGCAUCAAGUGCCGCUGCAAGGACUCCAAGGUGAACUGCGAUCGGAAGCGCUGCUCGCGAUCCACCUGCCAGCAGCAGACGCGGGUCUCCAGCAAGCGACGCCUCUUCGAGAAGCCCGACUCCGCCCCGGCGCUGGACGAGUGCUGUUCGACGCAAUGCCGUCGCUCGAGGCGUCACCACAAGCGCCAGCCGCACCACCAGCAGCGCUCCAAUGCCGCCGGCUCCAGCAGUUGAGCGCGGAUGCGUCGAGACCAGCGGGAAAGCGAAGGAUUCUUGGGCUACACACACACUUAGUGCGGCGUGUGCCGAGCCAGAGGCACCUACCAACACACACACACACACACACACAUAUACACACACACAUUGCACACACUUAUGCGGGGUUGCCUAGAUCGUUGUUGUUUUGUGGCAACAAUGGAAACUUGUAUUAUAUAAACGAAUGGGAGAGCGCAGAAAAAU